AUGCACGAAAUUCUGUUCAAUAAAGACAUUUACAAAGAGCUGCGAAUUCGUGGCUACGAUUACGGACCGAAAUUCCAGGGCCUGAUUGAGGCGAGAGGUGACGGCCGUCGGGGCAAAGCUAAAUGGACGGGUCAUUGGGUCAGUUUCGUCGACUCUGUCUGUCAUUUAGCUCUCGUCGCUCUUCCCAUUCGUACGCUUUUCAUUCCCAUUGGCUUUCAAUCAAUACGUUGUGAUCCAAACGUGUUGUUUGAGGCCAUAGAACAGGUGAAGAAGGCUAAGGAAGAGACCACAGAAUUGAACGAAGAAAAGCCAGAAUUCUUCUAUUUUAGAGAAAACGCUAAAAUCAAGGCUUUGGAUGAAAUCAAUCUCGAAGACGAUAUUAAAGGCACCGAAAUAAUCGGCGAAAUCAGACCCGAUAUGGACGAGAGUGAGACCAAAGAAGCAGAUUUUAUGGUCAAACAACAGAUUAAAGCAGCGAUGGUCGGCGGCGAAGACAAGAUGGCGUCCGAAAUACUCGGCAUCAGUAACAUUGGUCUCGAAGCCGAUAACGCGGACGACGAGAAUAUUUCAAUACUUCCCGUCUCUUUUGAUCUAAACUUUAGAUCAAUUGUUACCAAAGGUCUGGAGAUAAAGGGUUUCAUUCCGGUGAAUGUCCCGCGAAGACCCGGACAACAGGGACUCACUCUUGAGAGACAUGAGUUUAUUUCUCAUUUCGAAGACAUGGCAAUCGAGAGUCCAUUUAAAGAUAAUUUGAUGGAAUAUAUCUCUGUUUGCUGUUCUUUGGCCGAAAAGGUGUCACAAAUCACACCAAAUAUAAGUAAACCGGUUCUCAAUGGCUAUAAGUUGGCGGACGAGUCGUUGGUCAAGAAGUACACUGAAGUUCCCGCCGAUGACUGGAAAGUGAUGAAAGUCCUCAAAGAACUCAUUGAUCUGAAAGUGGAUUCAAAUCUCAAUAUAAUCGAUGAGCAGAAGAAAGACCCGAAUUUGGAUAACGCGGUCAAAGAGAUACUCCAGAAGAAGGAGAACAAUAUAUCGACAGAUUUGAUCGAUUCUGUGGCCAGUAAUGAGCGAUUCAUUCGUCCAUUCGUUGACUUAGUCUUAGAAAACAGUUCCGACAGAACUCAGAUCAAAGUCUUGGAGAUGAGUCCCAAUCGUAGUCUUAUGGCUCACCGAUUGAUCCAGAAGUUUAAGGACUCGUGCAUUGGUCUAAUAAAUGUCGAUUAUAUGGUCGCCAACCCAUCGCCGACUGCUAUCCCCGAAGAAGCAAAAGCACUGAAUUUGAAAACACUUGAAUGGGAUUUGAAUACAAAUCAAUUUAUUAAAGACAUCAAUUCACUCGAUCUAUUGGUUUAUCGCAUGACAAACAAAGUGACCAACUCUUGGAAACUCGAGAAUCAGAUCCAGGAUAUGAACGAUGCGCUUAAGUACAAUGGCUUCCUCUUCGUGACGGGACGAUCAAAACUGACGCCUCCGGAGACCACUGUUUACGAACUGUUGGGUCAAAAUCCAAGCGACGAUCUCUUGGCCGCCAAAGAAAUGGACAGAGGUCAAAGAGAUACUCCAGAAGAAGGAGAACAAUAUAUCGACAGAUUUGAUCGAUUCUGUGGCCAAACUGAGAUCAAAGUCUUGGAAAUGAGUCCCAAUCGUAGUCUUAUGGCUCACCGAUUGAUCGAGAAGUUUAAGGACUCGUGUAUUGGUAUAAUAAAUGUCGAUUAUAUGGUCGCAAACCCAUCGCCGACUGCUAUCCCCGAAGAAGCGAAAGCACUGAAUUUGAAAACACUUGAAUGGGAUUUGAAUACAAAUCAAUUUAUUAAAGACAUUAAUUCACUCGAUCUAUUGGUUUAUCGCAUGACAAACAAAGUUACCAACUCUUGGAAACUCGAGAAUCAGAUCCAGGAUAUGAACGAUGCGCUUAAGUACAAUGGCUUCCUCUUCGUGACGGGACGAUCAAAACUGACGCCUCCGGAGACCACUGUUUACGAACUGUUGGGUCAAAAUCCAAGCGACGAUCUCUUGGCCGCCAAAGAAAUGGACAGAUUUAUAGAGUUGGCCGAAGCGUCGGGUCUUAAACUUGUGGGCAGAAAGAGUGACUCCUAUACCACUUCUAUCGCUGUAUUCAGAAAAUUAACGACAGAGAGAAGGGAUGAACUGAUAGUGAAUAUACCGAAUGGUAAUUACGAAGAUUGGGUCGAAUCACUGAAAACAGUUUUGGCCACUAAUAAGGACUCAGAAGAACCGCAGAAUAUAUGGCUCGUCGCCAAUGACAGCACUUGCAAUGGAGUGAUUGGUCUAUUGAAUUGUCUGCGUUUAGAACCGGGAGGUUCUUAUAUUCGGUGUCUUUUCGAUUACGACCAGAAACUGUCGAAAGACAUCGACUUCACUAAAAGCCCGUUCAAAGAGAUUAAGGAAUUGGAUUUGGUGUGCAAUAUAUACAAAGGGGGCAAAUGGGGGGCUCAGAGACACAUACUGUUGCCCGAAGAGCAGGAGACCAUCGACACAGAGCACGCGUACCUCAAUGUCGUGACGCGCGGAGAUAUGUCGAGCUUGAAGUGGUUCGACGCUCACCACAAAUACUUCCCUAAUCUUCCCGACAGCGAAAAGAAAGAACAGGAAGUGUUGUGUAAUGUCUAUUACUCUGCCCUCAACUUUAAGGAUGUGGUGUUAGUGUCGGGUAAGAUACAGCCGGGACCGGAGGGCGCCCUCUUUGAUUGCAUCAUUGGCCUGGAGUUCGCGGGCCGUAGGAGUGAUACCGGGCAGCGAGUGAUGGGAAUGGUUCCCUUCAAAGGCAUCGCCACAACACUUCUCACUUAUAAGGACUACUUGUGGGAUAUUCCGGACCACUGGUCCAUCGAAGACGCGGCCACUGUUCCCGUGGUUUAUGUGACCGCUUAUUACGCGCUUAUAAUGCGUGGAAGUCUAGUGGAAGGCGAGUCAGUGCUCAUCCAUUCGGGCGCCGGUGGUGUAGGACAGGCCGCGAUCUUCAUCUGCCAGAGUAUGGGUUGCGAUGUGUUUGUGACCGUCGGUAACGACGAGAAACGGGAUUUCAUGAAAAGAAAGUUCAAUAUUCCCGACGAUCACAUCGGGAACUCACACGACGUGACUUUCGAGAGACAGUUCAUGACUGUUACUAAAGGCAAAGGCAUUGACGUUGUCCUCAAUUCACUCACUGAAGACAAACUACAGGCAUCGCUUCGAUGUUUGGCACCGAAUGGAAGAUUCCUUGAGAUCGGGAAAUAUGAUAUGCAGAUGAAUAAGAGUUUGGGAUUAUUUGCAUUCCUCAACAACAUCUCCUUCCAUGGCGUGGGACUCGACUGUAUCUUCCGAGAGGGCCCGUCCUCUAAGAAAUUGAAGGCAUUUAUGAAAGAAAUGACUCGACUUCUCAACGAAGGCAUCAAAAACAAUGUCGUCAAACCCAUUGAGAAGACUGUGUUUGGCGUCAAAGAGGCGGAACAGGCCUUCAGAUACAUGACUACCGGUAAACACGUGGGAAAAGUGCUCAUUAAGAUUAGAGAUGAAGAAGAGGAGAAGAUUGUGGUCACACCUAAAACAUUGGUCGUGAAGGCGACCACAAGAACGUGGUUCCAUCCCUCAAAGACAUAUAUAAUUGUGGGCGGUUUGGGAGGCUUUGGACUGGAGUUGGCGUAUUGGACAGUCUUAAGGGGAGCCAAGAAGUUAGUGCUCACGUCGAGGACUGGUGUGAAGAACGCCUAUCAGAAGCUCUAUUUGAAACGUUUCAAAGAGUUUGGACGACUUAUCGAAGACUAUAAAAUCGAUUUAACGGUUUCGACAAAUAACUUGACAACACUUGAGGGCACACAUCGGCUCAUAGAUGAGGCCAACGCUAAGGGAGCCGUCGGAGGGGUUUUCAAUUUGGCACUCGUUUUGAAGGACGGCUUCAUUGAGAACCAAACGGCCGACACAUUCAAACAGUGUUGCGAACCAAAGCUCGAGGGAUUGCAUCAUUUGGAUGAAGUGACUCGCGCUGAAUGUCCGCAAUUGGAUUACUUCGUCGCCUUCUCGUCACUGACCGCCGGUCGCGGAAACUCCGGUCAAAGUAAUUACGGUUACGCCAACUCCGGGAUGGAAAGGAUCUGCGAAGUGAGACGAGCCCAGGGACUGCCGGGUCUUUGCAUUCAAUGGGGACCCAUUGGUGACGUGGGAAUAGUGGCCGAACAGCUGUUGGCCUCCGAAGAGAAGGCAGAUAUGAUGAAAUUGUUUGCCGGUAUUCUUCUGCAGCGAAUCUCCUCGUGUCUCGACGUUUUGGACCGCUUUAUGCAAAGUCCUCACCCGGUGUUGGCGUCGACAGUGAAGGCAGAUCUGGAGCACCAAUCGGGCGCCUCCGAGGAUGAAGUGUUGCAACAGUUGUGCAAUCAUUUGGGUAUUGAUAAGCGACCGAAUGACGAGACGUUGGGUGACGUGGGUUUGGAUAGUAUGGCCGCCGUUGAGAUCCAACAGCGACUGGAAAGGGAUUACGACAUCUCAUUGGCGUUGUCUGACAUCAAGAAGAUUACUGUCGGAGAACUGAAAGAGUUUAGAGACGGAAAGAAAGACAGUCUUAAGCAAUACGCGGCCGACAUAAAGAAGGCCAGAUCUAAUCUCUCGCAGAUUAGGUUUGAUAUCCCUAACGAACAAACGACUCUUCUUAAUGACGUCAAAAUCGGAAAACCGGUUUUCUUUUUGCCGCCAAUUGAAGGCAUUUUCGAGUCGUUGCGAACUCUGGCCAAAGAGUUGGACCGACCGGUGGUAGCGUUGAAUUGGAUGAAAGCUAUGCAGGAGUUGAAAGACAUCAAAAAGGUUGCCCUCUAUUAUAAGGAGAAACUGAGACAAUUGGCUCCCGAAGGCAACUACGAUAUCGUUGGCCACUCUUUCGGCGCCGUUAUUGGCAUUCAAAUGUGUCGCAAGAAAGUGGACAUAAAGUCGUUGACAUUAUUGGAUCCGUUCGACCCGACGGGCCUCCAGAACCACGACUGGAAUAUCGACGAACGGUUCGAAAUGGUGUUCACGUAUCUGAAGGCCUAUAUUCCCGAACGCAUCAUAAACCAGAUCCAGAAGGACGUGAUGGAGAUCAAGGGCGAACAGGCGCGCAUCACCAAGCUCAUCGAACUCAUGAAACACUACGGCGGCAAACACUUGCACGGCAAGGAUGUCGACGACAUCAUCCGCGGCUCCUUCGAGAGGGCAGAUAUGGUCAUCAAAUUCAAGAAGAGAAACAUCGAGAAAAUGAAGACACUAUCGCAGACCCACUCCACGAAAGUGGUGAAGAAGAAGUUGAAACAAGUGACUACUGAUGUGUCGCUCAUCAAACUGCUGAAGAAAGAGGAACACUUCCAAGUGAUUCAGGAAACUGUGCUCAACAGCUAUGGCUUCCGACGAGAGGACUUUUUGGGUCGAUUUGACAUUUUCACUGUAUUGGGAAGUGAGGCCGACUUCUUGAGCACACAUUUACCAAAAGUCACUGAAAUUAUUUCAAACAAAAUAGACAACCGAUCAUAA